GAAUGUUCAGUGCCUGUGGAGGUCAGAAGAGGGUGUUGGAGUCCCCAGAACUGGAGUCAUAGAUGGUCGUGAGCCUCCAUGUGAGUGUGAGGAAUGGAAUGCCGGUCCUCUAAAGAACAUUGGUGCUCUUAACCGCUAAGCCACCUCUCCAGCCCUCAUAAGGUUUAAUGAACCAUGGAGCUGUAUUUUGGUGAAUACCAGCACGUGCAGCAGGAAUACGGGGUCCACCUGAGACUCGCCAGUGAUGACGCCUCCAAGCCGAGGAAUUCCCAGCCCUCAAAGUCAGGCUCCUAUGGUGUCAGCAUCAGGGUCCAGGGAAUCGAUGGCCACCCCUACAUAGUCCUGAAUAACGCCGAACGGUGUGUGGCAGGCACGCCUUUUCCGGAAAACGGGCCACCGUUCCCCUCUUCGGUGAUAAAUAACCUGCCUCUACACCCAGGCAACGCGACCCUGUUGAAGGAGAACAAUUCCGAAGAACUGCCGCUCCCGGACAACCCAUACCUGCAAAGCAGCCCGGUAAGAAAGCAGAAGCCGUCCUCCCUCCACGAGGGCAGGAACGGGGUCCUGGAACGCAAAGACGGGCCCACAAAACUACCCCACGUGCUCAACUUCCAGAGGCACCCCGAACUCCUGCAGCCCUACGACCCCGAGAAGAGCGAGGCGAACUCCAAAAAGCACCACCCUCCCGAGAGCCCCUGGCUGAGAAACGCCCCAGAGGAGGGGACCAACUGCAAGAAGCCCCGCAACGGCUUCCCCAAACCCCGCGGUUCCCAGCCCAACAGCCCCACUUCGGAAGACCUGACCAAGACCAACGUGACGGCCAUCCGCCUGUGCAGCUCGGUGGUCAUAGAGGACCCCCAGAAGCAGACCUCGGUGUGCGUGAACGUUCAGAGGUGCGCCAAGGACGGGCCGGGCGAGGAGGCCCUCUCCCCUCGACGGAAGUCCCCCAGCCCGCAGGCCUACCCGGAAACCAAGAAGAGCAGGCCGGAUGUGCUACCGUUCCGGCGACAGGACUCGGCGGGGCCCGUCCUGGACGGGGCUCGGUCGCGGAGGUCCUCGUCGUCAUCCACCACUCCCACUUCGGCCACCUCCCUGUACAGGUUCCUGCUCGACGAUCAGGAGUGCGCCAUCCACGCCGACAACGUCAACCGGCACGAGAACAGAAGGUACAUCCCGUUCCUGCCGGGCACUGGGCGGGACAUUGACACCUGCUCCAUUCCCGGCGUGGACCAGCUAAUCGAGAAGUUUGACCAAAAGCCCGGCCUGCAGAGGAGAGGACGAUCUGGCAAGAGAAAUCGGAUCAACCCGGACGACAGGAAAAGGUCGCGGAGCGUCGACAGCGCCUUUCCGUUCGGUCUCCAGGGCAAUACCGAAUACCUCACGGAGUUCAGCAGGAACCUGGGCAAGUCGAGCGAACACCUCCUUCGGCCGUCCCAGGUCUUCCCGCAGAAGUCGCUGGCCCAGGAGCACCGCGGAAAACAGAGUCCGAGCUGCACACUUGCAAAGCUGCAGGGAGCCGCUCAGGGCGCCCUCCCCAAGCCUCCCCCCGGGAGCAAAGAUGAGAGAGUUCUGGGCAAGGGGAGUCAGGAGGGCACCGUGGCGUGUGCCUCCUCCCUUCCAGCGCAGAGUAAAAAAGAGGAAGAAAUCAAAGUAGCCACGGCCACGCUGAUGUUACAGAACCGGGCUGUGGCGGCCACACCAGAUUCUGGUGCCAAGAAAAUCUCAGUGAAGACGUUUCCUUCCGACUCCAAUACUCAGGCCACUCCAGAUCUCUUAAAGGGCCAGCAGGAGCUCACGCAACAAACCAAUGAGGAGACGGCCAAGCAGAUCCUUUACAAUUACCUCAAAGAAGGAGGCACAGACAAUGAGGAUGCCACCAAGAGGAAGGUGAACCUGGUCUUUGAGAAAAUCCAGACAUUAAAGUCCAGAGCAGCAGGGAGCGCACAAGGAAACAAUCAAGUGUUGAAUUCUCCCUCCGAUGUCAACGAGCUACUGGAUCAGAAGAACAAAUUGAUCCUCGAAGUGUCUGAACUACAGCAGCAGCUGCAGCUGGAGAGGAAGAACCAUCAGAACAUCAAGGAGGAGAGAGAGAAAAUGAGAGAAGACUUGGAAGAGCUGCGAGGCAGGCACCAGAGCCACGUGGAGGAGACGGCCACGCUUCGGCAACGGCUGGAGGAGAGUGAAGGCGAACUGAGGAGACACUUGGAAGAGCUCUUCCAGGUGAAGAUGGAGCGAGAACAGCACCAGACAGAGAUCAGAGACCUGCAGGACCAACUGUCAGAAAUGCACGACGAGCUGGACAGCACCAAGCGGUCUGAGGACAGGGAGAAGGGAGCCCUGAUCGAGGAGCUCCUUCAGGCCAAACGGGACCUUCAGGAUCUGUUCAUUGCCAAAGAUGAGCAGGAAGAGCUCUUGAGAAAGCGGGAGCGUGAACUGACUGCCUUGAAGGGCGCCUUGAAGGAGGAGGUUUCCAGCCACGACCAGGAGAUGGAGAAGCUGAAGGAACAGUAUGAUGCGGAGCUGCAGGCCCUCAGGGAGAGUGUGGAGGAGGCAACCAAGAAUGUUGAGGCCCUGGCCAGCCGGAGCAGCUCAGCAGAGCAGAGCCAAGCAGGGGCCGACCUGCGUGAGAGAGUGCUGAAGGAGGAGAAUGAGAAGCUGCAGGAAAGGGUUGCAGAGCUGGAGCGCAGGGUGGCCCAGCUGCAGAGGCAGGUGGAGGAUGUGAAGGAUGACGAGGCCCACGCAAAGGAGAUGCUCCGAAAGUGUGAGAGUGAAGUACAGCAACUAGAGGAAGCCCUUGUGCAUGCCAGAAAUGAAGAAAAGGAAGCCACGUGUGCCAGAAGGGCGCUGGAGAGGGACCUGGAGCAAGCUCAGAGAGAGCUGAGCCAAACCUCCCAGGAGCAGAAGGAGCUGUUAGAGAAACUCCAGGCCGAGACUGAGCAGAAGGAGCAGCUGAGAAAGUUGAAGAACGAGAUGGAGAGUGAGCGGUGGCACCUGGACAAGACCAUUGAGAAGCUGCAGAAGGAGAUGGCCGACAUUGCGGAGGCCUCCCGCACAUCCUCUUUGGAACUGCAGAAGCAGCUGGGUGAGUAUAAGGAGAAGAACCGCCGGGAGCUUGCGGAAAUGCAGACGCAAUUGAAGGAGAAAAGCCUGGAGGCAGAAAAGGCCAGACUGGCAGCCUCGAAAAUGCAAGAUGAGCUGCGCCUCAAGGAGGAGGAGUUGCGGGACUACCAGCGAGCCGAGGAGGAAGCGCUCACGAAAAGGCAGCUUCUGGAGCAGUCGCUGAAGGAUCUGGAGUACGAGCUGGAGGCCAAGAGUCACCUCAAGGAUGACCGAAGCCGACUUCUCAAGCACAUGGAGGAUAAGGUGUCCCAGCUGGAGAUUGAACUGGAAGAAGAAAGAACCAAUGCUGAUUUGCUGUCUGAGAGGAUCACUUGGAGCAGAGAACAGAUGGAGCAGAUGAGGGGCGAGCUACUUCAGGAGAAAGCUGCCAAGCAAGAUUUAGAGUGUGACAAGAUUUCCCUAGAGAGACAGAACAAAGACUUAAAGAGCCGGAUUAUCCACCUGGAAGGUUCCUACAGGUCCAGUAAAGAGGGCCUGGUGGUGCAGAUGGAGGCCAGGAUUGCAGAGCUGGAGGACCGGCUGGAGAAUGAAGAGAGGGACCGGGCCAACCUGCAGCUCAACAACCGCAGGCUGGAGAGGAAGGUGAAGGAGCUGGUGAUGCAGGUGGAUGACGAGCACCUGUCACUGACUGACCAGAAGGACCAGCUGAGCUUGCGCCUGAAAGCCAUGAAGCGCCAGGUAGAAGAGGCCGAAGAGGAGAUCGACAGACUGGAAAGUGCUAAGAAGAAGCUGCAGAGGGAGCUGGAGGAGCAGAUAGGAGUGAAUGAGCAGCUGCAGGGCCAGCUCAACUCUAUGAAGAAGGGCUUACGGCUUAAGACACUGCCCAGUAAAGUACUGGAUGACUCAGAUGAUGACGACCUCAGCAGUGACGGAGGAAGCCUCUACGAAGCCCCACUGAGCUAUGCCUUUCCCAAAGACAGCGCCAUCACCAGCCAGAUCUGAGUCCGCGCCCAGGCCUGUUGAUCCUGACAGGCCUCUGCAGCCAUCCAGAGCAGGCGGCAGUAAACAUGGGCCUGCGAAUGGAGUCAGGCCCACGGUUACCAGCUCACGUUACUCCCCAACGCCUCUAGGUGGCUGAGUGGCCCAGGAUCUGAGGUCCGGAACUGUUGAAGGUUAAAAUGAGCUAACUGGGCCGUUUUGGGCAAGACAAACCCUUUCGUGCAUCGCCGUCUGCCAUCACCCCUCCUCCUACCCGGAGAAAGGCUCCAAAACGCCAGCUGAAAUGUUACAUCGCCACCUGCAGGGAUGCAAUGAUGUACAGACUGUACAUAUUUUAAACCAGGCCCUUCUAGGACUGCUGCGGUCUACUUUAGACUGUCCCAGAGCCUUUGGAGUGUGACACCUUGGUAAGGUUCACACACAGAUCUCAUCUUUUAAAAUAGGAAGCUCCAGGAUCUCGAGCAUUAAAGAGCAGAGGCAAAGGAGGAAGAAUGAAGGCUACUCUGGAAGUUAAGUGGUGAGGUGUCAGAACCUCAGCACUGGGAAUCGUUAUGGGGGUCACACGGGAAAAGGGCUCAUUGGCGGUUGGGGAAGGACUUUUACCCAGGGCUGAGUCUGUGCCCUUGUGGCUUAUUUUAUCUGAACCAUGCUAAGAACAGUUGCUACUCCCCAGUUUCUUUCAAGCAAGUGGAAUAGGGAGACAGAAGAGAUUGUUAACAAGUGCUGUGUGUCUCCUCAGCCCUUUUCCUCCAUGACAGACCUCCAAAGCAAAGCUUGCUCAGGCCUGGGACUGGAGGAGUAGGAGGGGCCAUGAGAUGAGGUUUAUGGGUUUAGAUAUGAGACUGGGGAGGGAGGUACCCAGUAAGCUCCUGGGGAGAGGGAGAAAGAGUAAGUGGGCGUAGGGCUGGUGUAAGAGGGAAUACAGAGAAGUUCUUGAAAGCUGGGGAAUGUGCAAGAAGGGAAGGUGGGGGUUGAGCCAGAGCUUGGAACGACGGGUGAAAGAAUUUGGGGUGCUUGCCAUCUGAAGGGCUUUUCCAGGAAUGAAGUGACAGAAAUGGUGAGGUCCAAGGAUGAGGGGGCAGGGAUGCCGAUCAUCUGGCAUAUCUCCUGGCCUACUCCACUGUGACAAUCACUAAGGAAAGAACCUUGCUAGUUGGCUAUGUAAGGCAGAGGUGGCAGGACCCCAAGCUUCCUGGUAUGAGGACUCCUGGGGACCAGGUUACAGUGAGGUCCUGUCCACUGCAGGUUAGAGUUCACCCAACCAGAUUUAAAGUGAAGGGAUCUGAAGGAUGAGCAUUUGCUACCAGAGAACCAGGCCCAAUUACACCUCACUGGGGUCACAGUCUCCCUCAGCACAGCUGGGCGUGGCCCUUGCCUCUGUUUCCUCAUUGGGUAUGGAGAGAUUUCUCCUCUCAGCCAUUCCUCCAUUUGACAAAUAUGUACUGUCCAUCAAAAUGUGCGAGGCACAGACUUUGGCACUGGAAACACAGUAAGUAGAAGUGUCUGUUAGGUUGGGGAUGUAGCUCAGUUGGCACAGUGCCUGCCUGGCAUGCAGAGAGCUCUGUGUUUAAUACCCAGCUCUAAAAGCCAGGUAUGGUGCUGCAUAAGACCCCAACACUCAGGAAGUAGAGGCAGGAGAAUCAAGAAUUCCAGGUCAUCCUGGGAUAUGGGAGACCCUGUCUUCCUGUAGCCAUCCAGGAGAGUGUGGGUGAACCUCUACCCAGCAUCCGAACCCUCUGUCAUCUUGGGAACGUGAGAGCCUGCAGCUGGUUCUCCAGCUCCCCAGAACUCACUCACAGGAAUUCUUUGGCUCCUAGAGUUUUUUUCAUGCCACCCUUAGAUGCAUACAAUAAGCCUAGAAAUGCCUCAGCCUGCUUAACCCCAGAGAGUCAGGUGAGAAAAAUCAAGACAUUGAGGAAGGAUUGUUUGCCUGGGGUGUGGGGAACAGUCUUCAUUUCAGUUCUCCAUGGCAGCCACAGGGCUAGCUACAUCAAAGAAAACCAAUCCUGAAAAGGAGAACAGAAGCCACCACUGGAAACACUUGGGGAGUCACCCCUCGCCAAACAAGGAAGCUGGGCAGGUUGAGGGACUGUCUCCUGUGCCGUCGUGAGGCGGACAGCGAGGGGAGCACGCACAGUACAGCUGACAGCACGACACUGGACUGAGAUUUAGAGAGACGUUUGCAGAUCCCAGGUUCAUCUCUUCCCUGUGACCGUAACAGGUGCCUCCUCGACAGGGUGAAGGUUAGGGCCCCGCGUCCUUCUCAGCUUGAACCUGCGGCCAUUCCUUGGUUUUUCUUAUAUAUACAGGUUGUUCUGUUUAUUGCCUUAAGAACUAAUCCUGCUCAAGAGCAUUUUCUUUAGCUAGCUUAAAAAUAUUUUGUGUAAAAAAAAAAAAAACAUACACGUUGCCAAAUGCAAUGCUCAGAAGACAAUCACCUAUGGCUUUUAUGAAAAAAAAAAAAAAAUUCCCCUGCUUCAGAGUGUCACUCUACCAUGACAAGUGGUCUACCCUGAUGGGGUUUGGUUUUUCAGUAGGGACUGGUUACUAUGCAUUGUCAUGGGGAAGAGACCUUUUUAUCACAGCUACCUCUGUGGAAGCGACUUCAUGGAUAAAGCAAGAUUUCCUUUCAAUAAACUGUCACCCGACAGGAA